AUGUCUUUCCAAGCUUCAUCACGAGAUAUCUUUCUGGAGGAUGGCCACAUUCUCUUCGCCAACGUCUGUGACAGAGAAGGAAACUGGGUCGAGUCCAGAAUUGACCUGGACAGAUUCAUCGGCAAUGAAGAUGGCUGGUUUAUGUGGGAUGGCGUCAACUUCUCUGAUUCAGCCAACGAUAUUCGUCUGGAGGGCACUCUCUUGACCGCUGAGCUGCCUAUGCGUGACGGAGGGUACCGGGAACGCCAGGGCAUUGAACUGAGCGAUCGUAUUGCUAACGAGAACGGCGAAUUGGUUUUUGUCUAG